AUGUCAUCAUCAGGAUGUUCAGAUGCUACAUCGUUACAAAAUACUGUUUUAUCAAAUAUUGUUACAUCAGCUUUGGGUCAAUUAAAUUGGGCUGAAUUAGAACAAAAACAACCAAAACCUAUUAAACCUAUUCAUGUUAAACGACCAAUGAAUGCAUUUAUGGUUUGGGCUCAAGCUGCUCGUAAAAAUUUAACUACAAAUUUAUCUGUUGUUAAUAAUGCACAAUUAAGUAAAACAUUAGGAAAAUUAUGGAAAGCAUUACCACAAGAACAACGACGACCAUUUGUUGAAGAAGCUGAACGUAUUCGUGAACAACAUAAACGUGAUUAUCCUGAAUAUCGUUAUCAACCAAAAAGAAAAGUUAAAAAUGCUCGUUAUCAUCCAUAUUCAACACCAAAUACAAGUAAAUCAUCUUCAUCACCAUCAUCUUUAUCAGCUAAUGAUAUAAGUGUACAAAGUGAUCAACAUCCUCCAAUGACUUCAUCACCAUGUUCAUCUUCAAUCGAUGAACCACAAACAACAAAUUUAUCUACAUUUAUUCCAGCAUUUCCACCUCAACAUAUGUAUUCAAAUAAAUUUGUUAAACAUGAUGAUCAUGAUAAUGAUGAAAGUGCAUGUAGUUCAAAAGAAAAUUAUGUACCAGUAUCAUAUUAUUCAGAAACAGCAAAUAUUGAAGGUGAUAAUGAGUAUGAUACAAUGACAAAUGGAAUUUAUUCUACUCCAGCAAUGCAAUCAAAUGAACAUUUCUCUUAUUCAAAUAUGUAUAAUCCAUAUUAUCAAUCGUUUACUCAUCAUCAUGGAAUUACAGAUUAUGAUAAUACUACUCGUUAUAAUCCAAAUUAUGGUUUAAUUUCAUAUGAUUCAUCUUAUAUGACUUAUCCAUCACCAACAACUAAUUUCAAUUAUAUGAAUAAUCUCUAUCCAUCUACUCAAUAA